AAAACCAUCCCCGCUUGCUACCAAGAAACAGACCUCGCCAACUCAAAAGAUUCCUUUUGCUUUCAUAUAAAUACUAUCAGCCUUUCAUUCCCAUCCCUACGAUAAUUAAAAAAGCCCCCCAGUUACCAAUCAAACCUUCCCUUCCCUGGUGUUUCCACAUACAACUGAAAAAGAUGAAGUUGCUUGCUAAUCCAUUUAACGGAAGCCUGAAGAGGCAAUGGAGAAGAAGAAAGAACUAUCACCGAAUAAACGGAUCGAGAAGGAAUGUAAAGAUUGUGAAGUUUGGAGGGCAGGGAGAGAAGAGGGCAUGGAAGAUCAGAGCAAUUCCAAAGUUGCGUCUCAAAUUUGCUUCCCCGCUGAAGCUCUGGACCAAGUUCAAGAACGCCUAUAUGAACAUGAUGCUUAGAUUGGCUGGCAACGUCGGGGCAAUGAACAGUGGAAAUGAUUUUGCCGGAAAGAGGAUCCCAGAGGCUCGCCCGGUUCCUGUAACUUAUAAAAAUAGUGAGUUCGAAAAUAGGCUUAUUUAUGAGAUAUACAAAUCUCUAGCGGUUUCCAUGGAGAUGGAUUCCAGGUAGGGCUACUGGCCCAGAUUUUCAUCUUUAAUUUUGUCUUCCUAAACGUGGGUGAAAUUUGAUAUUCAGCUUCUCCAUGUACAAAGCGCACGAAUUGUCUGAAUGUGAAUUUUAAUAUAGACCAAUGAGGUUUAUUUUCUU